AAGUUAGAUUUUACAGUGUGGAAACAAACACUGUAGUGUGACAUGAGUGAGUUCAGCUCCAAGCAGACACUAAAAUGAUUUAUAUACUUGUUUUCUUCAAUUUUAGAUUGGAAUCCACUGCGUGCAUGAUUGGAGCUGAUUCCUCCUAAAGCUUAGAUCCUGGAGCCCUGCUGUGACAGUGAAAGUAAACCGGUGAUUGUGCGUCUUUCUCUGGGUGUGCCUGCAGUCUGUCUGAGGAUCAGAUUGAACGGGACUUUGACUGCAGGAGGAAGAUGCAGUUGAUGCCGCUGCUCCUCUUACUCGGUUCCCAGCAUGCCUCAGGGGUGGAGGUGGAGGUGUAUGAGGGGGUGGAGUCUGUCCUGCUGCCCUGUCAGGUACAAGCUGAUGUUACCAUUGACUCCACAGCAGCAGUGUGGGACCGUGAGGAGCUCAAGGAGCCAAAAGUCCACGUGCGUCUGCCGAGUGGUGACGAUUUUAAAGAUCAGAACAUUCGUUACUUCAGUCGAACAUCACUGAGAGCUGACGCUCUGCAGACUGGAGACCUCAGCCUCACUCUGAGGAACCCCACAGUCUCUGACAGUGGAAACUACACCUGCACAUACCGCAAGUAUGGACAAGAUCGGAACAAGACCUAUGUAGACCUGAAGGUCACAGAACUUCCUCCUCGUUCUGCAGUCUGGUUUAAAGUCCUCUCAGGUGUCCUGGUUCCUGUGGUUCUUCUGGCUGUUACGUUUGGUGCAUAUCUGUCUUGUAGAUACAAAAAGUUAAAGAACAAAGAAGUUCGUGAGGUGGAGGUGGGUUCAGGUGUGGAGUUUGCCAAGCUGUCCUGCAAAGCCACAGUUCACCUGUCUGAGGUAAAUAAAGUCGUGUGGAAGGACAGAGAUGGCAGGAUAGUCCACGUGUAUCAGAAAGACUCUGAGCAGCCUGAAAAACAGCACAGACGUUACAGGAACCGAACAGAAAUGAAUGAAGACCCGCUGAAGACUGGAGACCUCAGUCUGACACUGAAAUACCCCACACACACAGACAGAGACACCUACACCUGCACCGUCUACGGCAGGAAGGGAAAAGUCCUGAUGGAGAAAAAAGUGGAGCUGAAAGUCGAAGAGUGUCAGCUGGUGGCGAAGGAGGAGGGGGCGGAGUCUGUCUCUCUUCCCUUUCAAACCACAGAAAACCUGCCUGACGACAGUGAAGUGGUGUGGAAAUGUUAUGAACCAGAAUACAGGAAGGUCUACGUGUAUGAGAACGGCUCUGAUUGGCCAGACAAACAGGAUGAACAUUACAAAGGUCGCACUGAGAUGAAUGAAGACCCUCUGAAAUGUGGAGACCUCAGUCUGACCCUGAGACACCCCACAGUGGGAGAUGCUGGGAGAUACGGAUGUGAGGUCAACAGCAAGGAGGCCUGGAGAUACAAGAGGGUGUGGCUCACAGUUACAGGGAAAAAUCAGGCCGAGAAAUAAACAGAGGCCAUCAGGAUCAGCUCCACUGAUCCAUCUGCUCUGAUCACUGAUCAAUCAGUUUGAUGCGUUUAUUUGAUUAUUGAUGAGUGAAGGACAUCAGUGAACAGACAGUGCUGAAGUGGAAGAUGCUGUCAGCUGCUAGUGAGGCCUGUUUAAGCCUGUUGUGUCCUAUGUGUCUGUUCUCAGUAUGAUCACACAGCUAAUGUAUAAACUCCUACAAACCUGUGUUCUUGGAAAGUGCACUGUUGGCUGUUUCUGUAACUCUGACCAAAUAUAAGAUGUGUCAGCGUCAUGUGGAGCAAACGUUAACAAUAUCUGUGUGUAUCUGUGGAUGG